ACAGUAUCCAAAGACUAAAUAUGAGUAACGAGUUUCUAGUACCUAGUGCAAAUCAGGAUACUACUUAUAUUGUGAGCAGCGAAAUUGGAAUAUGUACCUGCCCUGCUGGUAGAUCUGGUGCACCUUGCAAGCACCAAGAUCGUGAAAAUUUUAAUAAGGCAAAAAUGAGAACGCCAAUUAGCGAUAGUGCAAUUGAAACCAAUGAAAAUGCAUAUAAUAACAAUGAAACCAAUAUUGUCGUAUUUAUGGAUUUUUUGAACGAAGUGAAGGAAGACUAUCAAAAUGCUAAUCCUCAAUUAUCAGCAAAAAAUCAAUCAAUUCUCUGCUUAACCUCUUAUCUUUAUGAUCUUAAUAGUGGUGCUGAUUCCACAACCCAUAUCAGAAGUGGUUUUAUGAUUCGGGUUCAAGUUGAAUCUGUUAAACGAUGCAAGACGGAUGGGUCAGGACGUAAAUGA